AUGUUCUCCCGAAGCCUGAGGUCAACAACAACCCCACUUUGCUCGUCCUUCGCUUCUCGUCCUCUCUUCAAUUGCAAUCAAUCUUCUUUCCUCUCUCUUCGUCAGUUUCAUCAAACAACCGCAACCAUGUCUCAAAUCACCAAGGCCUUCUUCGAAGUUCAGUACGCCCCUGUGGGCUCCAGCGCCCCCAAGACUGGUCGCAUCAACUUCAACCUCUUCGAGGGCGAUGUCCCCAAGACCGCUAAAAACUUCCGUGAGCUUUGCAAGGCUCCGGAGGGUCAGGGUUACAAGGGCUCUAGCUUCCACCGUGUCAUCCCCCAGUUCAUGCUCCAGGGUGGUGACUUCACCCGUGGCAACGGCACUGGUGGUCGUUCGAUCUACGGUGAGAAGUUCCCCGAUGAGAACUUCAUCCACAAGCACAACAAGCCCGGUCUUCUUUCCAUGGCCAACGCUGGCCCCAACACCAACGGCUCCCAGUUCUUCAUCACCACCGUUGUGACCUCCUGGCUCGAUGGCAAGCACGUCGUCUUCGGUGAGGUUGCCGAUGCGGAGUCCAUGAACGUUGUCAAGGAGAUUGAAGCUCUUGGCAGCAACACUGGUGCUCUCCGCUCUGCUGUCAAGCCCACCAUCAUUAACUGUGGUGAGCUGUAA